AUCAAUGUUUGACUUAAUUAUAGCGGCGUUUUUCUGGAUGAAUGUAUUGGCAUACGAUGUCUACAAGACGUUCAGCAGAGCCCUUAAGUUUAAGAUAUCCAUAAUUAAGCUAAAAGGGGCCGAAAAUACCAAAUUCCUAGUCUAUUCGCUGUACGGCUGGUUAAUGCCCGCACUUAUAGUGAUCUCCACUUUAAUACUCCAGUUUAAUAUACCCUACGAUUCACCAUAUAAUCCGGCCUAUGGACAAGUGACGUGUGGUAUCAGUCACUUCGCGCCGAUCCUCAUCUUCUUCUUCAUUCCGGUGACCAUAAUAUUGACGGUAAACGUGUGUCUCUUCACUGUAACGGCACUGAAGCUGAAGCGAUGCGCCGAAGAGACGCGUUUCGCCACCCGAUCCAAAGCCAAAGUGACGGACCGACUGGCGAUUUACAUGAAACUGUUGACUAUGUUGGGCAUAACGUGGAUAUUCUGGUUCAUAGCCUUAUUCAGUCAGACGCCGGUGUUUACGUACCCGACGAUUAUCCUCCACGGCCUGAACGGGGCCUUCAUUUUUGUUUCGUUUACCGUAAAGCGAAACGUCUAUCGAUUGGUUGUCUCCCGUAUCAAACAUUUGAGAGGCAACCGACGCAUCGACACAACCAUUAGGCGUCUCAACACUCAGAUCAAGACACCAAACAUUGCGGCCAUAAAUAGGAGUUUGUAUUCAAAAAGCGAAACUCAGUUCACGUUAUUUAACGAUGUUUUUCGCGAUAGAUAUAGUUCUGUCUGA